GUUUGUGAUAGGGAGUGGUUGAUUAAUAAAAAAUCAAUUUUAACAUGUUUUUAGCGUUAAUUAUGCCCGGAAAGCUUUUAAACCAGCAAAUUUUGCAAGAAAGGUUGAGAAAUUUCAAUCCAGAACCGUUAGUUGAGUAUGAAAGUGAUGAAAUUAAGGAAAAUAUCGAAACAUCAAUUGUUAAUGAAGAUAAAAACAAUAUUGACCUGGCAAAGGCAAACUAUUUGAACAUGUUGAAUAAUAAUGAUAUUAAACAGGCAUCUGAGAAUAUUAUUCGUAAAUAUGGGGUUGGUACUUGUGGACCAAGGGCGUUUUACGGUACGACUGAUGUCCAUUUAGAACUAGAAGAGCAUAUAGCGAAAUUCUUGGGACUUGAGGAAGCUAUAGUAUAUUCCUACGGUUUUGUAGCUAUAGCUAGUUCCAUAGCAGCAUACUGUAAAAAAUCCGACGUUGUUUUCAUAGCUAACGAUAGCAACGCUGCCAUAUUGCAGGGUUUGGUGUCAGCGCGAAGCAGGGUUAUCAGGUUUAACCAUCAGGAUCCUGAGAGUUUAAAAAUUGAGGCGCGGAAAGUUAUGGAAGGGGAGAAGGGAGGGAAAAAGUGUAGAAAAUUUUUGGUUUUGGAGGGAGUUUCGUGGAAAAGUGGCAAGGUUUGCGAUUUGCCGUUGUUUUUGGAUAUCGCGGAAGAGUUUAAGAUGAGGGUUUUUCUCGAAGAGAGUUAUUCUAUUGGUAUUUUCGGAAAAAAUGGUAAGGGGCUUUUGGAGCAUUUUAAUAUCGAAAAAAAUCGCGUAGAUAUGAUUAUGGGCACCCUAGAGAACGCAAUAGGCUCUAUAGGUGGCUUCUGCGCAGGAACACAAAACACCAUAGAACACCAAAGACUAUCAGGGUCUGGUUACAUUUUUUCCGCAUCUUUACCAACGUUUUUAGUACAAGCCGUUAUAAAAUCUAUCGACCUCAUCGAACAAAAGCCCGAAAAACUCCGCGUCUUCUCGAAAAAAUUCCACAAUUUCCUACUGGAAACUAAUUUUGACGUGUCAAGCGACUCAGAUGUGCCCUACAAAAUCUUUACGCUCAAAAACAAGUACAACCUUAAGGAAUUCCACGACUUUUGCAAAACUAAGGGACUUUAUUUCAUACUUAAAGACGAUUAUUUCGUUUUGAAUUUGAAUCUUGCUUUAAGCAACGAUGACAAACGUUUAAAUUUGGCUUAUAAAAUAUUGGAGGAUGCCGCAAAGUUGUUUAAUUAAAAAAGUAUUAAAAUAAUUACUAUUGUA